GGGCUCAUUCAGUGGGCAUUGAAAGUUCCGAUCAGAUUUAUUUGCCAGUGAUCAACUCAGCUCUUCCACAAGCACAAAAUGCUGAAGCUUGUGCUCUUAGCAAUUAUAAGCCUAAGUUUGGAAAAUGCGGCAGCCCAGGAGUUGCGCCGUGUGGAUGACACGGAGUUGAUUCAACUCCUAACCGGCAGCAGCAAUGUGGUUGUCCUAUUCAACAAAAACAAUUGCCAGCGUUGUUUGGAGUAUGAAAAUGUAGUCACGAAGAUACAUCCCCAACUGGAGGACACUUUGUCGGCCAUUGUUGUCCAGUCGGUGGAUAGUAAUCUAGUUUCUAUCUACGAUCCAAGCAAAGAACCGGCUCUCGUCUUCUUCAGGCGAGGAAUACCCAUUCUGUACCAUGGCGAGAUAAACGAUGACGAAAUCCUAGACUUCUUCAAUGACAAUUUGGAGCCAGCGGUCAAAGAGCUUUCGGACGACAACUUUGAGCACCUGACUCAAGCCUCAUCGGGGGCCACCACCGGGGACUGGUUUAUCUUCUUUUCUUCCGCCGAGUGUACCGUCUGUCAGCGACUUUAUGCCGUCUGGGAAUCUGUGGGCGGAAAGCUGAAGCGAAAGUUGAAUAUUGCCCGAAUGAACAGCUUGGAGUCUGGCAUCUCGACGGCUAAGAGGCUGGGAGCUUUGGAAUCGCCGGCAUUUGUUUUUUUGCGCCAGGGGAAAAUGUACAAGUACUUGGCCAAGCAAUACACUCCGGAGGCCUUUGUUAAUUUUGCUGAGAAGGGCUAUCUAACUCAGAGCCAUCCUCAGCCAGUACCAGAAAUACCCAGUGCCGUAAACGAAUUUUUGGGACCACUGCAAGGUUAUUUCAAAUCUGAAAACAUAAGCUCGCUGGCGACUUUGGGUAUUGUUGCUUUGGUUGCCGUCAUAUUUAUUACAAAAAAGGUGGCCAAAAUAUUAAAAUCAGACCCAGUGAAAACGAAAAACAAAUCGAAAUAAAACUAAUAUUUUUAC